AUGUGGGAACAUGCCUCCAACUUUAGCCAUCACGGCUUGCUAGGCAUUCAAUACGAAUGCCCUAAUCUGGUUGAGAUGCCCGUAGAGGACUCAGACGAGACGAUGUGGCUUAUGUUCAUUUCCAUCAACCCCGGCGCCCCUCUUGGAGGCUCCAUCUCCCAGUACUUCCCUGGCUUCUUCAACGGCACACACUUCGAGGCCGUUGAUCCUGUCGCUCGCAUCUCCGACUUUGCCAAGGACAACUAUGCCGGUCAAUUCUUCUCUGGUAUCCCUGGCACGGAGAAGCGUCUCAGUAUGGACUGGGCCAGCAAUUGGCAAUACACCAACGAUGUCCCUACCGCGAACGAAGGCUGGCGAAGCUCCAUGACAGUCUUCCGCCAGAACCAUCUGAAGAAACUGCCUAACAUCGGUUGGGAUCUUGUCAGCUAUCCUUUCAACAUCAGCUCGCAGUUCUCGCAGGUCCUUGCUUCCAACUCUUCGUUGGGUAACAACAGCAUCUUGCUUGACUAUAGCGAUGUACCAUCGGAUGCACUUUAUUUCGAAGCCAAUAUCACUGGUCUGACCCCCAACACUUUGGCUGGAACCCUGAACUUCACAUUUACCUCGUCCGUGAGUGGUGAGAACGUCCAGGGCGGCACUGUUCCUGGCGGCGCCACCUGGUUGUCUCGAAGAAACACGAACUGGGGUGCUGAUAACCCUUACUUCACCGACAAGUUCUCUGCCAAUGGCGUCUACAGUGGUAGCGAGAAUGGCACCUGGACUCUUAGCGGUAUUCUUGAUCGUACUAUCCUUGAGCUGUUUGUCAAUGGGGGCGAGCAGAGCGGUACCAUGACAUUCUUCCCUGAUUACCCUCUUGACACUCUCAGGAUCGGAGCCAGUGAUAUUCCUGAAGGCGCUGGUGUCAGUGUUGCUGUUUGGGGUUUGAAAGAUGCGUGGGCUAGUCAGGCAAACAGCAAGGGCCUUGUUGUAGGCAACACUACGACUACAGCAUAA